AAUAUACUUGUUAUUCAAAGGGAAAUAACGGUGCAUUUGAUAUAAAUUAUAUUUGAAAUUAUCGGAAAUAACGGUCCAUUUAAUAUUAUUGUAUUUUACACUUUUCCGAUUCCGGACUUGGCCAGUAUUAUUCAACCAAGUUCAUAUUUUGACGGUUCCGCCACCUGGCCACUCUGGUCCCCGAAUUUGUUUACGCCGUACACAUAGUACGGAUUUUUCGGUUGGGCCCAACAACAACUGCACAGCGCGCCAGCAUAAACAACGAGAGUGAGAUGGCCGGCUUUGUGGCGGUGCACACGGGGGCUGGCAACUGCAUCGACGAGACCAAGUACCAGCGGGUGAUCAAGGAGGCAUGCAUGCGGGCCACGGACAUACUGCGCAGCGGCGGCUCCGCCGUGGACGCCUGCGAGGCGGCUAUCGUACGGCUGGAGAACUGCGGCUACACGAAUGCCGGCUUUGGCUCCAAUCUCUGCCUGGACGGAUCCGUGCAGUGCGACGCGGCUAUUAUGGACGGGUCGACGCUGAACUUCGGUGCCUGCACGAACGUCAGCAGGGUAAAAAACCCCAUCCAGUUGGCUCGGCGCAUCUGCGACGCCCAGGGCAGUCCACAGCUACUAGAGCGCAUUCCGCCGAUGAUUCUCGCCGGCACUGGAGCCGAACGGUAUGCCGAUGAGGUGGGCUGCUCGAUGGUGGAUCCCUCCGUUCUGAUUUCUUCGAAGGCCAAGUUCCAGUUCAAUCACUACAAGAGCAAAUACGAUAUGGUGGUGAACUGCAGAUCGGCCAAGGCGGCCUCGGAGGAGCCGGUGCCAGUGCCUGAGCCCGGCGCCGAAGUGGAGCUAGCGGCCGCCCUAGACACCGUGGGGGCUGUGUGCGUCGAUGGAGCCGGAAACACUGCAGCGGGCUGCAGCUCUGGCGGCAUACUGCUCAAGGUUCCCGGCAGGGUGGGCCAGGCGGCCACUUAUGGGGCCGGCUGCUGGGCCACCGAUACAGAUAAGUUGGCCGUCGCUACCUGCACAACCGGUAACGGUGAGUACCUGAUGAAAACGCUCCUUGCCAGAGAGAUCUGCAACGGAGCCUUCAGCAACGACUGCGCAGUGACGAGUCUGCACCGGACGUUCAAGCAAAAGUUCCUCGACUCUCCGCUGCUGCCCCGGCAGCAGGAUCUCUAUGCCGGGGCCCUGACCCUGCUCUACUCACCGGGCCAGAGCAGCGGCGAGGUGAUGUGGAGCCACACGACACAGUCCUUCUGCGUGGGCUACAUGGGGACCUCGCAACGGGCGCCAAAGUUUGUGCACUCGCUGCUGCCCACGUACAGCGUCCCAGGCCGAUCGUGCGUCGUCAAUGGCCAGAAUUUCCAUUUGCGCAUUUAGAUGUGGGCCGGACUGGGCUGGCUGGCCAACCAACUAACUAGCCGCAGUGUCUGGCUGCGGACCGCCUGCAUCCCCCUUAUCCGCGGCGCAUCUGCAAUUCAUUUGAUUUAAUGUUUAAUUGCCGCGACAAUCGCUGCCAAUGCUAUAUGGUGGCUAUAUGACAGCCGGCGCCGGAGGAGGCAGGGCUUUGUCUUUGGCGAAAUAUUAAGAUAAUUAAGCGAAAACUUUUAUUGUAAAUUCUCUCGUAGAACGUAA